AUGUUUCAUUUUACUCUAUUGCUUAUCUUAUUACAAUUUAUAUUUAACCAGAGUAAUUACAUAGCCUUAGAAUCAAAAUUCAGUAAAUAUCAUGCAAAAGAACUAGCUGAAAAUUCGCAAAUGUAUAUGGAAAACGAUGAUAUGUCAACUGAUAAUGCGUUUGAACAAAUAAUCCACGAUCCAUUUAAAGUUUGGGAAAAUAUUUGUUCAGAAGAGACAUUAGUGAGAUGUAAAGAUCAAGUUGUAAGGUGGUAUGAGUGGGCAGAAGUAUGUAUGAUUUAUAAAAUAGAUAAUGCAUGGGGACUUAAUAAGUGGAAAACAUGGUGUGACAUAUUAAAUAACACUCUUUCAGAAUAUAAUUUAGAUGAUUAUUAUGAAUUCAUGACCAUAAAGUUCAAAUUUCCUACAAUGGAACAUUUUCAGAAGUUUUUUUCCUAUAAAAAAAACAUAUGGAAUGAUAUUCAAAAACAAAUAAAAAAUCAAUGGGAAGAUUUUUUGAAAAAUUCUAUUAUAGAAUGGUCAAGUAACGUUAAACAAUGUAUCACAGAACCACCAAAGAAUAUUAAAAUUCUCAGGAGAUAA